UGUCCCGUCCCUUAAAGGGCCGCCCGGCGGGUUGUUGCGCUGACAGGGAGAGUCGGGGUUCGCCUGGGGGGCGCUGGCAGGCGGCGGCGGCGGGGUCCCUUUAAAUGAUGCGCGUGGGCGGCGCGCGACCAUGCAAUGGCGGUCGCUGGUGCUGGGCCUGCUGCUGCUGAGGCUGGGGCUCCACGGGCUGCUGUGGCUGGUGUCCGCGCUGGGGCCCGGCCUGGGCUUCCACCAGCGCUUCCCCUUUGCCCUCCCGCCGCCCGGGGCCCCGGACCCGCCCUGGCCGCGGGCCGCCGGGCGCUGCGGCCGCGCCCACUGGGGCUGCCUGCUGCGGGGCGGCGGCGGCGGCGGCAGCGGCUGCAGCCCCGGCCCGGCCGGCGGCGAUGAGUACGAGAAGCGCUACAGCGGCGCCUUCCCCCCGCAGCUGCGGGCCCAGCUCCGCGACGCGGCCCGCGGCAUGUUCGCCUUCGGCUACGACAACUACAUGCGGCACGCGUUCCCGCAGGACGAGCUGAACCCCGUGCACUGCCGCGGCCGCGGGCCCGACCGCGCCGACCCUUCAAAUCUGAAUAUAAAUGAUGUCUUGGGAAACUACUCUCUAACUCUGAUUGAUGCACUGGAUACCCUAGCGAUAAUGGGAAAUUCUUCAGAGUUCCAGAAAGCGGUGAAGUUAGUGAUUGACACAGUCUCAUUUGACAAAGAUUCUACAGUCCAAGUCUUUGAGGCAACAAUCAGGGUUUUGGGAAGUCUGCUCUCUGCCCACAUAAUAAUUACAGAUAUCAAGCAACCCUUUGGUGACAUGACCAUUAAAGAUUAUGAUGAUGAGCUCUUACAUAUGGCUCGUGACCUGGCAGUGAGGCUGCUACCUGCCUUUGAGAACACCAAAACUGGAAUUCCCUAUCCUCGGGUGAAUCUAAAGACGGGAGUCCCUCCUGACAGCAAUAAUGAGACCUGUACUGCAGGCGCUGGCUCUUUGUUGGUGGAGUUUGGCAUUCUUAGCCGGCUGCUUGGAGAUUCCACAUUUGAAUGGGUGGCACGGCGAGCUGUUAAAGCACUGUGGAGUCUUAGGAGCCACGACACUGGACUAUUAGGAAAUGUCGUGAAUAUUCAAACUGGCCAUUGGGUUGGAAAGCAAAGUGGCUUAGGAGCAGGUUUGGAUUCAUUCUAUGAGUAUCUGUUGAAGUCUUACAUCCUUUUUGGAAAAAAGGAAGACCUAGAGAUGUUCAAUGAUGCAUAUCGAAGUAUUCAGAACUACUUAAGAAGGGGACGGGAAGCCUGUAAUGAAGGUGAAGGAGACCCUCCUCUCUAUGUUAAUGUAAAUAUGUUCAGUGGGCAGCUGAUGAACACCUGGAUUGAUUCUCUGCAAGCCUUUUUUCCUGGACUACAGGUUUUAAUAGGAGACGUGGAAGAUGCUAUUUGUCUCCAUGCCUUCUAUUAUGCCAUAUGGAAACGAUAUGGAGCUCUUCCAGAGAGGUACAACUGGCAGUUACAGGCACCAGAUGUCCUCUUCUAUCCACUGAGGCCAGAGUUGGUGGAAUCUACCUAUCUUCUUUACCAGGCCACAAAGAAUCCUUUUUACCUUCAUGUAGGCAUGGAUAUUCUUCAGAGUCUGGAAAAAUAUACAAAAGUCAAAUGUGGCUAUGCUACAUUGCAUCAUGUCAUAGAGAAGUCAAAAGAGGACCGGAUGGAGAGCUUCUUUCUCAGUGAAACAUGUAAAUAUUUGUAUCUGUUGUUUGAUGAAGAGAAUCCAGUGCACAAAUCUGGAAAUAAAUACAUGUUUACUACUGAGGGGCACAUUGUGUCUGUGGAUAAACGUUUUCGUGACUCACUAUGGCAAGAUCCCUUCCCUGAAGAAGAGGAAAGGAAUGCAGAAAAACUAAAGCCUAACGAAUUAAAAGCCAUGAACUCCAGUUCUAACUGCAAUCGGGUUCCUGAUGAGAGAAGAUACUUGUUGCCGCUGAAGAGUAUUUACAUGAGGCAGAUUGAUCAGAUGGUGGGUUUGAUCUGAAGUUGUUCUUCAGAGUAAUGCUUCAUAAUAUGCAAGGAGGAAAGUGGACUCUGAUUCUGAUACAACUAUCUACAACUGAACACCUGCAAUAUGUCCUUACAUACACUGAGUCACUUAAAUAGCCACUAUGUUUCUUAAGGAUUUAACUAUAAACUGAAAAGGAGAUCUUGAUAGAGUUUAAUCGUCUUCUAAAGUGAAAUGUAGUAAAGCAAUGGGAACUCUAAAUACAAUUUGAACAGAGUUCUGUCCUGAUAAAAUUUCAUACAGCAAACUUUGUAUUGCUAAUGAAGGCUGGAUAAUCUUGGAGAAUUUUUUUUUUAAUUUAAAAAAGCAAUUGGCUUGUGUCAUGAAAAUCAUUUUGCUACCUUUUUGUAGCUGUAUUGUAAAUGAUGCUCCUUUGGAAAAAGUUCAGUAUCUAAAUUGAAAAUGUUUUGAUAGAAAGGGAAUGUGCAAUUUUAUCACCAAAUUUAAUCAUUUGGAUUGUUCUGACUAGCAAUAACAAUGCUAUUUGUUCCUCAGGUAGAAAUAUUUGUAGUGGGUUUUGGUUGAACCAGGUUUUUGUUUAGAAUAACAGCUUUGAGAGGCAACUCCUAGUCAUAAAAAGUUCUCAGUACAGUCACGAGAUGUUUAAAGCAGUGUUCUUAACAUGAAUUGCACGUUCACAAAAGCAUACUAGCUAUUGAAACCAAUAAUUUAAGAACAAGGUGCCUUUGUUUGUAGGGGAAAUGCACAAGCCACUCUGAACUCUGAGCUGUUCACCUUGUAUUGCUUAGCUGAACAGAUAUUCAAAAUAUUCUUUAGAUUAUUUCUGUCAAUGUACCUAAUCUCUAAUGCCUUUUGUAAAGAGAUCUGGAAGAAGUAUACAAUUAUAUGAUAAUAUGAAAACAAAGUAAUUAUAUUGUUGGUAGUGCUUUUGGGUUUAGUGCCUUAAGCUUACCUUCCCUCAUGAAAAAAACAGAGCGUUUCUUUGAGUGGGAAUAUAUUUGUGUUAAAUGGAGUCAGUUACUUGUGGAGUGCCUUGGUCAUACAAUGUUGAGUCCCAAAGAAACUGAAGUUGGUAGUUUAAAUACCGGAAGGAUGUUGCCUAUUAUGCAUAUCCCAAAGAAUGUUGGAUUCUUUAUAUCUUUUUUCUGUGAAUUCAAUCAAAUACUGUACUGUACAUGCUGAUGGGUGUUGCCACGGUUGAGGAAUUCAUACAGAGCCUACAGCAUGCUGAGAUGCCUCUAUCGAAAAGGGUAGCAGUAGAGUGCAUUCAUCAACUUUCAGGAGGUACACAGCAUUUCACAGGUCGGGCCCAUAGUGGCUAGUAACUCAGUCUUGCCCUCUGAAAGUCCCUUUUGUGCCUGCAUGAUGAACCGUGGUGAGGUGGAGGGGAGGGUGGAAAACUGGCUGGUUGCUACCUGCCCCUCAGCUGUACCAAGUGCAGUUCAGGCAUGCUUGAGGGUUACUGUGUGAAUACUUGAGAAGAAAGCAAAUGAAUUUGGGACAGUUUGUCAUGAAGGAGGAAAAAAAUCCCUUCAACUGAGACUGAAACACAAAUUAUUUUAAGGGUUACUACUUUUAGUGGUUCUCAUCAGUUAAAUCUAUAUUUUAAAAUCUCUUUUAGAUUGCAGUUAGUGUAUUCAGCUACCACAUUGUUUCUUCCUUUUAAAUAGAGCUAAAACUUCAAUAGGAAUUUCAAAGUAACAGAGCCAAAUGUGUGUGUAUGUACAGAUCAUCUUAGUCUUAUGACAAAAAUCAAGUUCUUCAUAAGCCAUAUGUUGCUUUCAUAAAACAUUUCCAACAAACGUGAUGAAGUCCAUGUGUAUGAGGCGCAUGCUUAACUUAGUAUACAGAUGCAUCUCAGGGACCUCCAACUAGACUUUUCUGUUCUUGCUAACAGAUUUAUCAAGUAUUCAGGAAACAAAAUCUUGUCUUCCUAUUUUUACCUGGUAACUUUUGAGAAUGGGGGAGGAGAGGGUGACUUAUGACAGGUAGCAGCUGUAAAGUUCCCAAAACAUACUUGUAUAAGGGUCUGGUGCCUUUUUGAAUUUAGAUGCAUCCUGAGCUAUAUAGUAUUUUUUCCUUAAUUAUGGCUUUCAAAACUAUUACUAGACUAUUUCAUAGUCACUUCAGUGCCUAUUUUAAAGCAAAACAUGCUUCCGAGGUGGUGGUAUCCAAAGAUGUAUUAGGGGAAUGCAGGUGAUAGAAUCUUAACUGGGGAUGCCAGUCAGCCUCAGUUGCUAAUUUAAGUGCAAAGGGUAUAUGGAAGAAGCCUAUUCUGUCUACUGGGGAAGGCAUAAAGCAAAAAUAUCUGGGCAUUCCAAAAUGCUGCUACCUGGACCAGACCUUUUAUUAGCUGGUGAUUUGAAGUGAGAAACUUUAAAGUUAGUAAUGUGAAAAGAAACCUACAUAGGGCCUCCAAAACUUGCAGCUUACAAUUUAUUGUAAGCAAUUAGUUCAUGCCAACAGGUGUCCUGGUGACUACUACUGCUGGCAGCAAAACGUCCCCGAUCCUCAGCUAAGCCCUCUGAACACGCAUUAUAUGCCCUGCUACUUACAGUAGUGUUUGUGCCUUCUGAAAAAUUGAGCUGAAAUGCAAGUUCCAGUUGGGGGUUAAGUAAAAGUAUGUUAAAUUUGGGUAACUCUUAAAAGAACCAUUUGUUUAACCAGGCUGUACAGUUUUUAUUUUUCUCAAGUUUUUAAUUUUAUGAUUACACUUUUUUCAUUUUAAUGUGGACUGCCAAAAUUAGACCGACAUUCUUUAAUUGCGGAAUUGGUACAGUAUGGACAGAGGCAGUGCAAGUCUCUGCUCUGUCCAGCUGGUGUGCCUCAGCCUUGUAUUAGAUUAAUACAUUACAUCUAGUACAGAGAAGAGUUGGCUCUCCAUGACUGCUUCAGUGCAGAUCACUAGCCAUGAUGCCAAAUGGGGUGUAGUCACCUGUCUGCUAGAAACAGGGCUGAUGUCACCAAUUUGCUUUUCAUAAUCACCUAAUAGCCAUCAUCCCAUAAUAAUAAACUUGGGUAACUAUGGUACUGGAUUUAAUCUGGUGACCUGAAGGUGAAAGACAAAAUCUUCUCAAAUGAUCCAGUAUUUCCUUCUCCCUGCACCUCCCUUCUUAAAAGUAUUUUUGAAAUAAAACAUUGCAAAACACAGGCCACAUCUUAUGUUAAGGCACUAGUGUGAAAAUCUAUUUUUAAUUAAGUAUUAGAGCCAAGUUGAAAAUACUGCUGGGAUGACUUGCUGAUAUUUGUAAUGUUGUAUGUCUCAGUGUAAUGUGCAAUAUAAUUUUUCUAAUUAAAAUUGCAUUGUAUGUAUAUUUAAUUGUUGUAAAAUGUAUUUAACCGGGGGAGGAGAAAGACUUGUAAAAGGACCAAAUGUUCUUUUAUAAAUGUCCUAAGAAAUUUUGUCAAAAUUGCUUAAAGUAAGAUUUUACAAAUUUGUAUUAAAAGGCUAUCUUUGA